CAGCGGGUGAUUUGGUACUGAGAUGUGAUUACAAGGGGCAAUUUAUAAUUAAGCCUUUUAUUCAAUACAUAUCUGUCCUUCCCAUGGCGCUUCAUUGUAGGGCAAAGCUCCUAAUUUUCAGUCGCCCGCAAAUCGGAACGCUUCCCCGGCGACUCAUCCCGGCAAAUGUCUUCAGCCGAAUCCUCAGCUCAAAAAUCUACAGCUAAUGGGCCCUCUAUCAAACACCUUACAAAAGCUAGAGUGAUUUCCGUCUGCUCCCCUGCUGCAACAGCUCAGCCGUCACAAUCAAGUCCAGAGGAAACAAAUCAACCGCACAAGAAUCCGCGCCAUGAAACCUCCUCCUCCUCCUCCUCCUCCACCUCUCUAUCGUCAGCUCCAUCAGCAGCAGCGUUUGUUAUAGCCAACAAUGAAGAUCUGUUGACUCAGAUUUUACUUUAUUUACCCCCAAAAUCACUCCUUCGCUUCCAGUGUGUCUCGAAAGGAUGGCUCUCUAUCAUUUCCAGCCCCUCUUUCCGCAGUUUACAUUCGCGAGUUUAUCCCACCACCACCAGCAGUUCCGCCGCCACAAAAGGCCUCUUUUUGUUCCGCCGCCGGACGUGGACGGAUAUCCCCGAUCUCAAUUUCAUCUCUUUCUCCGAAGAUUAUGUUAAUUCCAUGGGUAACAUCGUUUGCCACUUGAGUAAUUAUGGCAAGUUCACUGAUAUACAUUCAUGCAAUGGCCUUUUAGCUCUUGCAUUUAUGUUAGAUGACUAUGCUAGGGAAUUCGUUGUGUGUAACCCGACUACUCGACAGCAUAGGCUUGUUCCGCGGCUCGAUUUUCAGGAAGGAGGCCGCGAAUUUCUGGCUCUGAAUAUCGUGUUUGAUCCUCUAAAAUCUGAACAUUACAAAUUAGUGUGUGCAUGGUGCGAACAAGAAAUGAUCACGAAUAAUUUUGGACAGUUGGUGCCUAGUGACUUUCAUGGUUUUUCUGUGUAUGCAUCCGAAAAGGGGAGUUGGAGGGACAGUGAGGAUAUACUAGAGAUGGAAGAUUUAUAUUUACCUAAUUAUUUUAGGAACGGGGUGCUGUGGAAUGGUAAUUUUCACUGGGUUAGUGAUUUUGAGUAUUGUUUAUGCUUUGAUCCAGAUAAAGAGUUCUUUAACUUGACAAUGCCUCUAGCCCGAUGGUAUUUUUGGUCCUUUGGGGAGUCUGGUGGGUGUUUGUAUGGCAUUGAGAUAAAUGACCCUGAAGCAAUGUUGUUUGAUAUUUUUGAGAUGGCAAGGGACUAUUCUCAAUGGGUUUUGAAGUGUCAUGUGGAUCUUACUCCUGUGACUACUUUAUAUCCGUCAAUGAUUGAUGCAGACUGUAAUCCCGCAACCGAUUUUAGAUUUAAUUUUCAUAUACUUUAUUUUCUUGAGGAUGAGAAAGAGAACAGAAUGAGGCUGCUGAUAUCUCUCUGUGGCAAGAUAAUAUUGUAUGACAUCAACGAUAAGAUUGUCAAGGAGCUUGCUGAAGUAGUGCCCAAGGAUACUGAUGGUGACUGGUGGGAUAGUUGUUUUCGUUGGAGGGACACCUACAGACACAUGGAGACACUUGCUACUCUUUAAUUGUGUUCGUAAAAUCUUCUUGCACUCUAGCUAGUGGCUCGAUGUGCUUUUUGAUUGUUAUUACCUGAACAUUGUAAGGUAUGGAGAAUUGCAUGUAUUGGUAAAUGUGAUGUCAUUUUAGGCAAUUGUGAAUGAGUGAAUGUUGCAGUUUAUCUCCUAAAAAUUGUUGUCGCUGUUUCUUUCUUAUGGUUCUUGAUUGGCAAUUGAUGAAUGGUGCUUCAGGCUUUA